AUAGGGGCCCAUGUAUGCACAAAGGCCCUUUGAUAUCAUUAAUUGGUGGAGUUUUCAUAGGUUGACUUGACUUUUUGAAAUGUGUGUUUGUUUUAAAACUAGGGGUCGUGUCGUUAAUAAGUGAGAAAUGGCUUUUCCGUCGCGACUGCCACUAAGGGACAUGCCCUUCCGAUACCUUCUCAACUUCUUCUCGGCGAUUCAGUCCUUAGCCAUUAUCCUGGACAACUCUGAGAGUGUUGCCAGAGAGGUUUUACGUGAACUCGGCUAUGGAGAAAAUCAGAUAAACUAUAUGUAUGACAAAUACAAACGACCAAUCUUUGAAGCAUUGAUAUCGCAUCGUGACUGGAAGGGAACUGUUCAAGAUCUCUACAGGGUUCUGAGUUCGACUAAUCAGACGGAGGCUUUACAGACGUUGUUCACCUUUCUCCGUGAGAACCUGAAUGACCGUCGGCAUGUACCAGAUGAAGCAACGAAGGCGAACUGGGCGAUCUUACUGGAUUCAACGCAGUAUAGGAUCUCCCCUGAUAUUUCUUGGCCCCGAGUUUUCAUGAAAACAUACAUCUUUCCUAUCUAUAGCCGCGUGCAGAAGAUUGUCUACAUGAUGUUCCCGUUCAGUACGGCUUAUGCCUCUGACAUGUACCGGUCUAUAAGCAACCUGAUGAACAACGUGAUUAUCGUCGUUUGGUUUCUGACCGUAGCACAGAAUGCAAUGACCAUAUACCAGGAGGGACGUCUUCAAUACUCGGUUACCAUCUUCAUCUCACUUUCUCUCUGGAUCAAGCUUUACCUCAUGAACGCACCUUUCAAUCAACUCAGAGGAUUGUUGCCGUUGGAAAACGAUGAGCAAAAUCUUCGAAGGGCCGACUUUCUCUACAAGGAGAUUCGAAUCGCAUUGCUCUUUGUGUUCUUCUUCAAGCUGGCUCUUGCUAUGUUCGGUUGUGCCUUGUUCUACGCCUUCCCAGAUUUUCUCCUCGAAGAUCUCCAAAGCAAGAUGACCCAAUUCGCCUUGUUUCUUUUCGUCUUUGAGUUGGCCCAUAAUGCAUUCUAUUUGAAUGCAUUCUAUUGGGACCCUAAUAUUUUCCGUAUCAUUAAUGAUUUGUUUCCUAUGUAGAAAAUAUUCAAACCGCACAUUCAUGGCUGAAAUACAGUGUGUACAAGCAUGCACAUUUAGGUGUUUGCCUUAGCGAGUCUCCAAAUGUGUUUUUUUUGUUAAGGAGUGACACAGAAUCGCUUGGUAGGUUUAGAAUGACAGUAUUUGAGGUAUUCAGUUUUGUUGUGGAACAAAGGCAAAUAGAAAUUUGAAACUCUUGUGUUUUAAUAAAUUCAAUUUUAUGCAAAUGUAAGUUCAUUAUGAACCUUAUAUGGACCUCAUAUCGAGUUUUACUGGCAUUAUAUUUUAC